UUUUUCUUUUCUUUUCUUUUCUUUUUUUUUUCAUUUUCAGUUUUUUCCUUCCCUAAAGAAAUUUACUUUUUCCAUAAAAACGAUUUGUAGGUGUUUGUUUUAAACGCUGCGCAUCUCAGAGCAUCUCAGAGCAUCUCAGAGCAGGCACACUUUGAUGUUGCAGGACCUUUUUAUACAUAUUUGUUUUCGCUCAUUUUUUUUCUCCCUCAGAUCAGCCUAAUCAGCCGAUUCAUGAUAUGUUUUGCACAGGACCUGCGAUUCUUGAUUCGGGGAGACUACGGAGUACUUUAAACGUGGUACGGAGUAUUAGGUCCACCUUCCGUUUUGGCAUGGCAUCCAAGGAGACAGGUCAUGUGAUUUUCAGCCCCUUUUUAUCUCCCAUCUUUAUUCCAACCUCAACUUUUAUCUUUCUGAUCCUAUAUCAACAACUUGCCAGUUGUCACUGCUUACCGCCUUUUCCUUUUUUAGCAUAUUGUGGUUAGAGUGAGUCGUGGUAGUGAAUUGGCAUAUUUCUGAUUUAUUUGGCAUUCUGUGUCUAUGCAGACGGUGUAUAUCCUUGGUAGUUAACACAUAUACCCCCUGAUCGUCUUCGCAAUCAUUCCUGAACGACUUGACAGUGUAGGAAGUCAUCUCCGCUUUUCUCUUGCUCGGCUGCUUUGUUUUCCUAUGAUGCCCUGUCAUUUCUAUGCCAUGUAAAUUGACUUUGAAGUCUUCGUUUCAUCAGCGGCACGGAACGGUAGUGGCUUUCCUGUAUAAGAAUGGAUAAUCCGAAGCGAGACACAACUACCUUCCGCCGCCUUCUAAGUACUUUCAAAAGUCCCGCUGCUUCGGCCUCUUCUUCAUCGUCUAUUUCUUCCCCUUCCCCUUCAUCCGCGCCAUCUUUCAAACCGUUUACUGUGCCUCUGCCGAAUUCGAAAUGGAAGAGGGGACAAGCUAAGUCGACCGUGGUUAGCCGUGAUGGCAACGAUAACAAUAGUCGUGCUACUACUAUUGGUUCUCAAGCUUUUCCUAGGCGAACUCAACAUCUACCACGACGUCUGGGCUUUUCAAGUGGGAGGGAGCUGGGUUUAUGUGAUCAGGAUAGGGAUUUGCCAUUCGAUGCGUUUGGUUGGGAAUCCCUACCUCCCCUGUUUUUGCUUGCUAUUACAGGCUGGUUAUUUCUGCUACCUACGCUCUAUAAAUAAUAAUGGCUAAGGGAUGUUGUCUGUUGAAGAUCGCGAGCUAUUGGCUCAGCUGGAAACCGAGAAAGAGCAAAAUCAAGACCGUUCCGAAACUUAUGUCCGGGAUGAAGAAUCGGCUGAUUUAUACGGCCCCACGUUAGGCCCAGGGCGGCAGCAAAAUAGCUCGAGAUUUUUUCAGUGCAGUAGGGAACUUUUCUUUCCUUCGCCUCUGUCUUGAAAUGUUUCUGUGAUGGUAGGCGUGUGUGCGUCUGCAUUCAUUACUGACGAUCUAGGUGCAACUGCAAUGGAUACUCCUGCCCGCGGGGAUAUCUCUAGCUCCACUGAUAUUGGUCCUUUUUCAAGCCCGUCGCUCGCGGUAAGGGCCCGAAAGAGACCACCAUUAUUUUCCAGGGAUGUCCAAAAUGAUGAUGACGAACCUAACCAGUCCCAAUUAUCUGCCAAUACAAUCUCCUCCCAAGGAUCGCGGAACGGAGCUGCCAUUUCAUCAUCGCCUCUUAAAUCUAGUGGAAUCCAACUUAAUCAUGCACCGCCCAUAAUACAGGGGAUCCGACUUGUGUCUACCCAUGAGCUGCCAGAUCGGUUCCGUUCUAUUUUCUCUUUCCCUGUUUUUAAUGCUAUACAGUCCAAAUGCUUUCGUCCAAUCUACCAAGGAGACGAUAACUUUGUCCUCUCGGCCCCUACUGGAAGUGGCAAAACUGCAGUUAUGGAACUGGCUAUCUGCCGACUGGUGACAAACGUCAAGGACUGCCGGUUCAAGGUGGUUUAUCAGGCACCUACCAAGUCUUUGUGCUCGGAAAGAUUCCGUGACUGGCAAACCAAGUUCUCCUCCUUGGACCUCCAAUGUGCGGAACUUACUGGUGAUACUGACCACGCACAGCUACGCAACGUUCAAAAUGCCAAUAUCGUCAUUACAACACCUGAAAAAUGGGAUAGCAUGACAAGGAAAUGGAAGGAUCAUAUUAAACUAAUGCAACUCGUGAAGCUGUUUCUCAUCGAUGAGGUUCACAUUCUGAAAGAGACUAGGGGAGCCACACUGGAAGCCGUGGUGUCUCGAAUGAAAUCUGUCGAUUCCAAUGUCCGAUUCGUUGCGCUCAGUGCCACUGUCCCAAACUCUGAGGACAUUGGGGCUUGGCUGGGUAAGGAUCCCACUAGCCAGCAUCUCCCUGCUCACCGUGAAAGGUUUGGUGAAGAGUUCAGACCAGUCAAGCUGCAGAAGUUCGUCUAUGGUUAUCAAGGAAAUGGAAAUGAUUUCGCUUUUGAUAAAGCCUGUGAGGGGAGACUCCCUGAAGUCAUGGAGAAACAUUCGAAGAAAAAGCCAAUUAUGAUAUUUUGCUGUACUCGAAACUCUGCGAUCGCAACAUCAAAGUACUUGGGCAAGCUAUGGACAUCCACGAAUCCGCCUCGUCGCCUAUGGAGUGGUCCAACAAAACCUGUUGUAGUUCAAAAUCCUGAAUUGAGAGCAACCAUUUCCACUGGUGUUGCAUUUCACCAUGCUGGCCUCGAUGCUAGUGACCGCCACGCCGUCGAAAGCGGAUUUCUUUCUGGACAAAUCAACGUGAUUUGCUGUACAUCGACAUUGGCGGUCGGUGUAAACCUUCCCUGUCAUCUCGUGAUUAUCAAAAACACGGUUUCUUGGCAAGAUAAUUGCUGCAAGGAGUAUCCAGACCUAGAGAUGAUGCAGAUGCUUGGGCGGGCGGGAAGACCUCAGUUUGACGACAGUGCAGUUGCAGUCAUUUUAACAAGGAAGGAAAGGGUAAAUCAUUAUGAGAAACUUGUUGCUGGAACGGAGCCUCUAGAAAGCUGUUUGCAUCUAAAUCUGAUCGACCACCUGAACGCGGAAAUAGGCCUUGGAACAGUUACAGGCGUUGAGUCUGCUGUGAGGUGGCUUACCGGGACUUUUUUCUUUAUUCGUCUCAGGAAAAAUCCUGCUCACUAUAAAUUAAAAGAAGGAGCAAAUAGGUCAGACGAAGAAGAGAUGUUGAAGGAAGUCUGUGAGGAGAAUAUUAAACGCCUGCAAGAAUGCUCUCUCGUCACUCCAGAGGAACCCCUGAGAUCGACGGAGUUUGGGGAUGCGAUGGCUCGGUAUUACGUCAAGUUCGAAACUAUGAGAUUGUUUCUCUCCUUGCCGCCCAAGGCGAAGAUGUCUGAGAUUCUCUCUGUCCUCACACAGGCCGAUGAGUUUCGAGAAAUUAGGUUAAAGGCUGGCGAAAAGUCGUUGUAUAAGGAACUGAAUAAGGGAAACGGCAUCAAGUUCCCUAUAAAAAUUGACAUCGCCCUACCAGCGCAUAAAAUAUCUCUACUUAUUCAGUCUGAGCUGGGCAGCGUCGACAUCCCCAUCGGCGAUCAGUAUCAAAAGCACAAGUUAUCGUUCCAGCAAGAUAAGGGACUAGUAUUCUCCCACGUAAGUCGGCUUAUUCGAUGCAUAACCGAUUGCCAGAUAUCCCUCCAAGACUCGGUGAGCACAAGGCAUGCCCUUGAGCUUGCGCGGAGUAUAGGUGCCAGAGUUUGGGACCACUCCGCAUGGCAGAUGAAACAGAUUGAGCAAAUUGGUAUCGUGGCUGUUAGGAAACUUGCAAAUGCUGGCAUUAAUAGUAUUGAGGCUAUCGAGGCGACGGAGCCACAUCGGAUAGAUAUGCUGUUGAGCAAGCAUCCGCCCUUUGGCUCAAGAAUUCUGGCGAGGGUUGCGGAAUUUCCGAAAACCAGAGUCUCGGUCAAACUAAUGCGGAAGGAUAUCAAACCUAGGAAAUCAGUACGGGUCGGUUUCAAAGCAGAGAUCGGGUUUAUUAAUGAAAAGCCCCCUACUUUCUUCCGUCGGAAACCCGUAUAUGUCUGUUUCCUUGCAGAGACAUCGGAUGGGCGAAUGAUAGAUUUCAGGCGUAUAAGUGCAACCAAAUUGCAGAACGGCCAUGACAUUUUCCUUAGCGCCCAAUUGACCGAUGUCUAUCAGUAUAUAUCAUGCUUCGUUAUGUGUGAUGACAUUGCGGGAACAUUGCGACAGGCAGAGUUGAGGCAUGAUAUCCCAGCUUCACAUUUCCCAGCGCAGAAAACGGAGCCCCCUGAUAAUAAAAGCGAGUCGAAACCCGCGAUGAACACAUCGAGGAGCCGUAGCAAAGAUAUAUCCAAAAAGGGGCUAGCAAGCCGGAGAGAUAUGGAUGAGUUCGAAGAUGACGGUCUUGACGACGUGGAUCUGAUUGCUGCAGCUGAAGAUAUGGAUUAUCAUUCGAUAAAUGAGGUGGAUGGAAACGACGAUCAGGUACGGACAGCAUCGGUUGCCCACCGGAAAGCAGCAUCCGGUAAAGACACCAAGGACAUACAUACGGUCAAGACUAUCGAGCCAGUUAGACUUGAGAAUGGGAAUUGGGCUUGUAAUCAUCGCUGUAAGGACAAAACCAGUUGUAAGCACUUGUGUUGUCGGGAUGGAACCGAUCGGCCGCCAAAGCCGAGCAGGAAACAGGAGCCCGCAUCUAACGGCCCAACGAAGGCUACUACUACUUCGAAAGCAUCCUGGGACAUCUCUAAGUGGACAAAAUCCCAGGGUCCUUCGAAGCAGAAGGGCAGAAAGUACGAGCAAAAGGAGGAAGUUGAAUUUGUUGACCUAUGCGACGACAGCGAUAUAGGUUGCAAGCCUGAUACGAUUACCACUACCACCCGUUCUAAGAAAGACACAAGAGCCCGGAAACAGUGCCGUAUCGACGAUAGUAUAAGAAAGGGGGGAUCGAGCAGCAAAAUGUCAACACCCACAUCAUAUCCGCUCUCUAAACAUAGCCCAUUAGGCCUGUCGUUUCUCGACGAGUGUGAAUUUCAGGAACCAGAAACACCCUUCGGAAGAAAAGAAUAUUCCAGCGAUUACGGAACUUCGUGGAUUGAUGAAGAUCUUCCGUCCCCCAAUACUUUAUUGCUCUCCUGCCUGAAGAAAGGGGAAAAAAAAGCAACGAAUGCAGGUGUUGACAUAUUCGUAGAUAACGAAGAUAUCCCGUUCCAUGAGCUUGAUGACGGAGACUGCAGGGACGAUACAAUUUCUCCCCUAGCUCUGAUGAAAGCGGAUAGCAAGACAUAUUUUGUCGAUGAUAUCAGUGACAAACCCACGUUACGUCCAGAGAAGGACUCGAGCACAUAUGAUUCCUUCCUAUCGUCGUCAACAACGAAGCCAGCUACACUUCGAACAAACGACUCUAUUUCUACUGAACGCACUUCGACCACCACCUUAUUCCCAUUACAUGAAUUCAAUUUUACCGCCCUCGACAACAACGCUCCUGAUUCUAACGAUCUCAUCAUUAAUCAUAAUCCCUACAACAAGGAAAACACCCUCCCAUCCUCAUCAUGUAUCAAACGUCCCUACGGUUCCGUAGUAGUCAAUGACCCCAUGAUCAGCGAUGGCGACUAUGGCUACGACACCGAAAAUACCACCUCGAAGAAAAGGCGCAAGAAUAACGCUGCGGAAACUGGCGGUACAACAGCCGGUUCCCCUCGUCCUCUCACCACAGCCACCACUUUAGACCAUUUCCCUGAUAUCGUCGAUAACCCAUCCGCUAAGGAUAACACAGAGGAGGGCCGGAGCUUAGAAAAUGGCAGUGGCAGCCCGACCGGGUGGGAGGCGGUCGAUAUGUCGCUCUUGGAAGAGUUUAAAGAAUUUGUAGAAUUCUUUUAGGGACGGGGGAAAAGGACGCUAGGUCAUUUUUACUGUGUUGAUGUGAAGAUAGAAGCAAAUGGAGAGAGGGGAAUGUGGAACAACUGAUUGCUUGUUUAGCAUGGAAUCGACAACUAUGUUUUUCGCUAUUUUAUCAGGCGUGAUGAGAUACGAUAUGAUAUUAUAACUGACUUGUGGCAUGGCAUAUUUAUAUAUACCCAGAUACAUUUUUUUUAUUUUAUUUUCUAGCUGUUGGUUUUUUUUAUUAGGAACUGCAUUUUAGCAAUUAUACAGAAACUAGUUUUAUAUAGCUAACUAUUUAUCAUAAUUAAAAAAAUGACAUGAUUUCCACGAUC